AUGGCUUCCCUCAUCGCUAAGACCCCUGUCGCAGCGCAGACGGCGACGCUGAAGUCGUCAUUCCUGGGCUCCAAACCACAGGCGAAGGCCGCGAGCGCUGCGCUGCCAGUGAAGAAGUCGGACGCGCGCGUGGUGUGCAUGGCUGGUGACCGUUGGGGUGGGCUGGGCCGCGAUGGGUCCGACGACCAGCAGGACAUCACCCGCGGCUACGGCAUGGUUGACGCCGCCUUCCAGGGUGCUCAAGGCAUUGGCACGCACAAGGCUGUCCUGUCGUCGUACGAUUACGUCAGCCAAGGCCAAAGGAGCCUGCAGUGGGACAACACCAAGGACGGCUAUUACAUUGCUCCCGCGUUCAUGGACAAGGUCGUCGUGCAUCUCGCCAAGAACUUCAUGAAGCUGCCCAACAUCAAGGUGCCGCUCAUUCUGGGAGUGUGGGGAGGCAAGGGUCAGGGCAAGACGUUCCAGAUGGAGCUCAUCUUCGCCAAGCUCGGCAUCAACCCCAUCAUGAUGAGCGCGGGAGAGCUCGAGUCCGGAAACGCCGGCGAGCCGGCGGCUUUGAUUCGGCAGCGGUACCGCGAGGCGUCGGACGUGAUCAAGAAGGGCAAGAUGUGCUGCCUCUUCAUCAACGACCUCGACGCGGGCGCGGGCCGCAUGGGCGGCACGACGCAGUACACUGUGAACAACCAGAUGGUCAACGCCACGCUCAUGAACAUCGCCGAUAACCCCACCAACGUGCAGCUCCCCGGCAUGUACAACAAGGACGAGAUCCCCCGAGUGCCCAUCAUUGUGACGGGCAACGACUUUUCGACGCUGUACGCGCCGCUGAUCCGUGACGGGCGCAUGGAGAAGUUCUACUGGGCGCCCACACGCGACGACCGUGUGGGCGUGGCGCAGGGCAUCUUCCGCCUGGACGGCGUGCCUGAGAACGACGUCACCAGGCUCGUCGACACCUUCCCCGGCCAGUCCAUUGAUUUCUUCGGUGCUCUCCGUGCCCGCGUGUACGAUGACGAGGUGCGCCGGUGGGUGGCCAAGGUCGGCGUGGACCAGGUGUCAAAGCACCUCGUCAACUCGCGGUCGGGCCCGCCCAAAUUCGACCAGCCGGCAAUGAACCUGGAGACCCUGCUGGCGUACGGCAACAUGCUGGUGAAGGAGCAGGAGAACGUCAAGCGCGUGCAGCUCGCUGACACCUACCUCGCGUCGGCCGCCCUCGGUGAUGCCAACAAGGACCAGAUGGAGCAGGGAACCUUCUUCGAAGGUGGCUAUGCCCAACAAGUGGGAGUGCCGGUGCCAGCAGGCUGCUCUGAUCCCAACGCUGUCAACUAUGACCCCACCGCGCCGGCGAAGCCCACCAAGGCGCAAAUAAAAGCGGAGCUUCAAAACAUGGCGAACGCCAUUACUCAGAAGUUUCCGAAAUAUGCGAAAUACGCCAAAGACAUCAACAAGAACAUUGGCCUCGCACUGAACUCCAAGUAUGACUUCACAGCACUCAGCGACGCAACCCUCCUCCUCCCCAGCGACACAGAGGCGGAGGCCCUCGCUAAGAAGGUCCCCGUUAACAAAGCCAACAUCCCCAGAAUCUACAACAUUACGGCGUACCACAUUAUCCGCAAGAAGUACACCGUUCCCGCGCUCAAGGUGCUCAAGAAGUCGCAGCCGGUCGGCACGCAGCUGAAGCAGGCGAUGUACAAGGUUUCGCAGCAGAAUGGUAACACGGUUUCUUUCGCCAAGACGCCCAACGCCCCCCCUGCCGCCUGGACCACGAUCAAGAUCGUUCGGCUGUACGCUGGACCGUACUUCAUCGCGCACGGCGUGGAUAAAGUCCUGGUUCCCACGAACACCAAGGUGUAA